AUGCAGGUUUCGCUGCGAGCGUUUCCCUGGCACAGGGCUAGGCUGGACCGGGUGAAGGUUCGGCCUCUCCCCGCAGUGACUCAGGGCCGGGCAGAGCCGGUGAAGCCCCUCGGAGGCAGCGCCGGGACCCGCAGCGCUCCCGGCCCGGUGCUGGGGGGGCCCGCCCCGCACAAACACGAGCCCGCCCGGGGGCCUGACACAGGACCCGACACGCAACCCAACACGAACCGAACCGGGCCGGGCCGGGCCGGGCACUCCCAGCCCCCGCAGUCCGCAGCGGGGUCUCGCCUUUACCCGGGCCCCGCCCGCGGGGCAGCGCCUGUGCCUGAGGGGAGCCGGGACCGGCAGCGGGACCGCCCCGCCCUGCGCCGGCCGCAGGAGCCCCCGAGGGCCGGGGAGGCACAGAGACCCCCGAGGGCGGCACAGGGGCCCCGAGCGGCCUCCGGACCGGCCUCACCCACCAUGAUCGAGCCGCCGCCUCCGCCCCGUCUCGGCCCCGGCGCUGCCCCGGAAGCGCUUGGAGCGCGGGGCGGGGCCGCUCCGGAGACACCGCCCGAGCCCUCGGACCCCUCGGACCCUGCACAAGUUUUCCCCAAGCUCCCGAGGCCGCUCCCGGGAACGCGGUGGGUCCCUGAUCCCGCUUUAGGGACAUCAGCGUGA